AAACACGACCUUGAAAGCAUUCAAAAUAGUAUUCACAUCGUGACGUACUCUUCAUUGUGUGUUGUUUCUAGAAAUGACGGUCAUUUAUACUUCUACUAUGUUGAAAUGGUUUUCACUAGAGACUGAAAUUUAGGCUGUAACAUAUUGAAUGUGUAUUUUUCAUUAAUAUUUAGGUGCAUUUCGCUGAAAUCGUCCAUAAUUGACUUGUGUGGUAUUGCGUUCUCUGAAAUCUUUCGGUUUCUAGAAAGAGGAGUUUAAUUAACUGUCGAUGUGCGUUUUUGCUAGAGAUCAGCUAACUUCAUAUGCUAAAGUUGUGAUCCAAGCAACCACUAUAGAGGGAAUAAAGGAGGACAAAGAAGAAAAAAGGGGAACAUUCUGUUAGAAAACAAGAAAUAUUAGGAAGACGCUCAAAAUAAGGGAAAUUGUAGAAUUUCCUCUUUUGUCUUUCCAUGUCCUGGACGUACUUAAAUUGUCAACAAAAUGCCCAUCGAAUGGUCUACUUUUCCACUAAGUACUCGCCAAAAUUUUCAAUUUGAGUUUGUCUACACACUUGAUUUUCUACCUUUCGCCUUACUCUAAAUGUCUACUAUGUUCGUUAUAUAGUUUAACCAGCUGUUUUCUUUGACGGAUGACAAGGGCUGCGAUUAUAGUGCACUUAAUGAUUGUAAGGGAGAAAAAAACACUUGAAUUCGUAUGCUGCUGUAAAACAUGUGCUUCUGAAGUACUCUUCGAUGGAGUGCCAAGUAGUGUAAAACAACUCGCAAAUUCAAGUGUCAUGACGUAUAACAAUAUAUAGUGCAUAGACAUUUUUGGAUUAUCUUUCAUUAGACACGUCACCAUGGCAAUGUGGAAUGUAAAUGAAUGAUCCAGUGGAUUUAGUAGAUUUACAAAUUUGUCCUUCCUGUCUUCUUGCCAAAGACACGCAUUCGACGUUCAAAGUUCCUCUUCAGGCAAGAAAGCGAACUGCAAACUUGAUAGUAUAAUAUUAAAUUUUCGUAGUUCUUCACGCCCAUCAAACUUAGACAUAGGUUGCACAGUGUUCGCACUCAAGUCUGAUGUAACUGAUGAUAUGUUCUGCAGUUAAAUAUGCGGUUUAUCAAAUCUUGAGCGUUUACCUCAACUGGACACGUGACUUGCCCGGCCGAAAACGUGCUACCCACGCGCUUCAACUCAAACGUUGGGGGAGGGACGCAUCCACAUGCGUCGAACUAGUUUAUUAACAUUUUUAAAAAACAUUCAUGCUUCGCAAUUGGCUAGCAAUUCCUUUUCUGUGCACUCAAGUGAAAAUGCCAUACCGAACCUAACUAACAGCCGAUCAGCUUCAAAGAGUAGACGGACAAGAUCAUUGCUGAAAUACUGGAAUAGUUUCGAUCCUGCACAAAUUCAUUAUGGUGUACAUCGUUUCCAUUCACGUAGACAACAGCAACGUAUCUUCAGUCCUAUGGCUAGUUUAUGGAAAGCUAUGCAAAAUCAAAGUCAAAUAAUGGUUAUGACUCGUGGUUUAAAGGAGCCUCGUGCUUCAAUUAUUGGCAAUUUAGUUGCUUUCGAUCGUUAUUGGAAUUUAAUUCUAAAGAAUGUGACUGAGUAUUCUGUUCAUCUUCCGAAAUCAGCUUUAAAAGGUAAUGGAAAACCGGGACGAAGUAAAAAACGACGGGAACAACGUUUACGAAAGUUUCAACGAAAUAAUAACGCUUUAUUUCAGUUAAAACAAUGUUCAAAUUUAUGCCAAUCAUCAUUCAAUCAAACUGAUGAUCAGCUGAAGGAUAAUAAACCAUUAGAAAUCGGACAGUUAUUUCCUGAUCAGUUUGACAAUCAUGAUCAAGAUGGGAUUGUGGAAAAAGGAGUAUAUGAUGAUGAAAUUAAUAGUCUGAGACCUUUUCAUCUACUCGGUAAAUCCCCUCUAUCUGAUACAAAUGAUCAUGAUGAUCAAUCUAUCAAAAAAUGUGAUAAGAUUGAUAAAAGUGUUUCAGUGAAUAUUCAUAAUCAUUUAGACGAGAAUAAUAAUAAUAAUAAUUGUCAUUAUUAUAAAUCGUCAAAUUGGGCAUCAUCUAUGGUUAAUUUGAAUGAACGAAAUAUGUCUGAACUGUCUGAUAUUUCACUUUGGUAUAAUUUACAAACUCACCAAAAACAUUCUUUCAUUGAGAAACAAAAUAAUCAACAAAAUGAAAUAAUUUCCAUUGAUGAUCAUCAUUAUGACAAUGAUGAUGAUGAUGAUGACAGGAACGAACAACAAUUAUUUAUCCGUGGUGCUAAUAUUAUUUUAAUACGAAUUAUUUCAGAGAAACAAUUAGAAAAUUGAACAAACAAAAUUCUCCAUCGGUUUAUUUUCUCACUUCUCCAUUCAUUUUCUUUUAUCCAAUUUGUAAUUUUGAAUAAAUGAAUAAAUCAGAAGGGGUUUUUGUGGAGAUUUAGUAUUUGCAUAGUUCAAAGCAUUAGUCAAUUGAAGCUAGACCACCAAGGAAAACCUGAAAGCACUGGACAGAUGCGCACUGCUGAGGAGUCCUACAAUAGGACGAAAUGGCCGUCUAGUGCUCCCAGGUUUUCCUUGAUGGUCUAGAUUCAAUUAACUCAUGCUUCCAAUUAUGCAAAUGAAUAAACUCAAAAUUUCAUAUAUAUAUAUGUGUACAUGUAUGCCAAGAAAUAAGUAUACUGUUUAUCCUUA